AUGCGUCAAUUUUGUCCCACUUGGUUCAAAGGACCAUAUUCUCAAUGGUUGGAGUAUAUCAUUAAAGCGGAUGCUGCAUUUUGUUUGUGUUGCUAUUUAUUCAAGAAUGAACUCGAAAGUCGUGGUAAUGGGGGAGAUGCAUUUACAAAAGACGGUUUUAGAGGUUGGAACAAAGCCGUGGAAAGACUUAAGGCACAUGUUGGUGAUGUGAACGAUAUCCAUCAUAAGUGUUUUAAUAGGAUGCAAGAUUUGAAAAAUCAACGUCAAUCGAUUCUUUCUUCUUUUGACAAGCAAAGAGAAAAAGUAAAAAGUGAUUAUCGUAUGCGCUUAAAAGCCUCAAUAGAUGUGGCAAGGUUUCUCUUAAGAUCGGGAUUUCCAUUUCGUGGACAUGAUGAAAGGGAAGAUUCUGAAUAUAAAGGCCCUUUUCUUGAACUUUUGGAAUGGCAUGGCGAUAUGCAUCCGGAUGUGAAAAAAGUAAUAUUACGCCAUGCUCCACAAAAUGAUAUGAUGAUUUGUCCGACAAUUCAAAAGGAGAUUGUGGAAACUUGUGCUAAAGAAACAACUAAAGCUAUUAUCGAAGACUUGGGUGGUGAUUUUUUUGGAAUAUUAGUUGAUGAAUCAAAAGACAUCUCACAUAAGGAGCAAAUGGCUCUAAUUUUGAGAUAUGUCAACAAAAGUGGAAUGAUUAUAGAGCGAUUCUUGGGUAUUUUCCAUGUGAGUGACACAUCUUCCCAACCAUUACAAAAAGAGAUUUAUUCUUUGCUUUUGAAACAUUCAUUAAGUCCAUCCAAGAUACGUGGACAGGGUUAUGAUGGUGCUACUCUUCCUAAAAAGCAUUCGAAUGUGGAUAAUUUUUUUUAUGUUGUCCCUAAUGUUUUGAAUACUAUUGGAGCUUCUUUUAAGCGCAGGGAUUCACUUCGGCAACAUCAAUUGGAUAAAUUGGAAGAGUUGAUUAAAGUUGGAGAAGUUCUUACCGGACAAGGUUUGAAUCAAGAAGGAGGCCUCCAACGACCGGGUAAUACUCGUUGGGGGUCUCAUUAUAAGACCUUGGACAAUUUCAUAGUUUUAUUUUCUUCAAUUGUUAAUGUGCUUAAAGAUAUGAAACAUGAGUGUCUAUAUCAUCUUGAUAGAUUUUCCGCACAAAAUCUUUUGAGCAUGAUUCAAGAAUUUGCAUUUGUAUUUAUGUUGAACUUGAUGUUUAAGGUGUUGUUGUUGACUAAUGAAUUGAACAAAGUUCUACAAAAGAAAGAUCAAGAUAUCGUUAUUUCUAUGGGAAUGCUUGACCUUGCAAAGAAAAGACUACAAAAGAUGAGAGAAGAGGAAUGA